CGGCGAGCCGUGCGCACAGCGGCGGGGCGGGGUGAGCCGACGGGCCGUGUGCACACCGCGUGUGGCGCAGGCAGCGGGACCGGCGGGGCCGAGCGAGCGAGCGGAGCUGAGUCGUGCGGGGGCCGCGGCCGCGGGGAACUGGACCGCAGGUGAUCUGCAGCCAUGAGCAGCAACGAGUGCUUCAAGUGUGGCCGUACUGGCCACUGGGCCCGGGAGUGCCCCACUGGGAUGGGCCGUGGCCGUGGGAUGAGGAGCCGUGGCAGAGCAGGCUUCCAGUUCAUGUCUUCAUCCCUGCCGGAUAUCUGUUACCGCUGUGGUGAGUCUGGCCAUCUUGCCAAGGACUGUGACCUUCAGGAGGAUGAAGCCUGCUAUAACUGCGGUAGAGGUGGCCACAUUGCGAAGGACUGCAAGGAGCCCAAGAGGGAGAGGGAGCAGUGCUGCUACAACUGUGGCAAGCCCGGCCACCUGGCCCGCGACUGCGACCACGCAGACGAGCAGAAGUGCUAUUCUUGUGGAGAGUUUGGGCACAUUCAAAAAGACUGCACCAAAGUGAAAUGCUAUAGGUGUGGUGAAACUGGCCAUGUAGCCAUCAACUGCAGCAAGACCAGCGAAGUCAACUGCUACCGCUGCGGCGAGUCAGGGCACCUUGCACGGGAAUGCACAAUUGAAGCUACAGCCUAAUUAUUUUCCUUUGUCGCCCCUCCUUUUUCUGAUUGAUGGUUGUAUUAUUUUUCUCUGAAUCCUCUUCACUGGCCAAAGGUUGGCAGAUAGAGGCUACUCCCAGGCCAGUGAGCUUUACUUGCCGUGUAAAAGGAGGAAAGGGGUGGAAAAAUCAACUUUCUGCAUUUAACUACAAAAAUGUUUAUGUUUAGUUUGGUAGAGGUGUUAUGUAUAAUGCUUUGUUAAAGAACCCCCUUUCCGUGCCACUGGUGAAUAGGGAUUGAUGAGUGGGAAGAGUUGAGUCAGACCAGCAAAAACCCUCUCUGGGUUACAGGGAAGUGAUCCUAUGCAGGAGGAAUGAAAUUCUGGAAGUGUCUAAACUUCCUCAUAACUUUUAUUUUAUUACAAUGGCCUUGGAUUGUCUGACCUCAGUAGCUGUUAACACCAAGUGAUAUCUGCAUCAGGCCCUACCUAGAGCACAUAGCUGAGUGGGAGUAAAAAAACAAGAUGCACAUGCCUGUUAAUGGCCAUGAGAGAGAGAGAGAAAUCUGAAAUAAAUCUAAAAGUAACAGUAAUUCAGUCAGUGAAUGUUAAUGUUGGAGAUACAGAACGCAAUGGGAAGCUUUUGGAUAAAUAUCUCAAAGUCAAUCUGAAACCCAGACAUCAGUGCUCAUAGCAUAAACAAUUUGGAGCUAUUCAGGAGUUGCAAAUAAAUGCAUUUUCACAGAAAUCAAGAUGUUAUUUUUGUAUACUAUAUCACUUAGACAACUGAGUUUCAUUUGCUUGUAAUCGGUUUUUAAAGUAAGAUGGUAAGAGCAAUUGAAGUCCUAGAACAUAGAAAAUGUAAUUUUAAACUAUCAAUAAAGCUGGAGGAGGAAGGGGAGUUUGGCUAAAGUUCCUUUUGUUUAUUUUUGGUUUUCCUGUACACAGUGCAAAACAUAUUAAAAGGGGUAUGUGGAGGUUCA